AUGGGGUGCAAGGGGUCCAAGCUCGACGACCAGGAGGCCGUCGCGCUCUGCCGCGCCCGCGCCGAGCUGCUCGCCGCGGCCGUCCGCCACCGCUACGCGCUUGCCGACGCGCACGCGGCGCUCGCGGACUCCAUCGAGUCGGUCGCCGCGUCGCUGCACCGCCUCCUCCGCCUGCAGGCGGCCGAGUCGCCGGGGCUCACGCUGCCCUACGCGGGCAAGGGCGGUGGUGGCGCGCCUGCGAACCGGCUGCCGCGCUCCUUCGACCCGUCGUCGUCGGCGCCGUUGCCUGCCCACGGUCAUUCCUCGCGCCUCCAGUUCGGCGCGUCGCCGGGAUCCGAGCCGGCGUCACCGGCCGACUCGCCUCCGCGCCGCGUCCCCGAGCAGCUGCAGCACCCGCAUUACGCCGCGUACGGGUACGACUACGCGACGCAGCCCGCGUACACGUACCCGGCGCCGGCGGGCUCGCUGCAGUUCUACUACGCUCGCAGCCGCCCGCCGCCCGCGUCCGUCGCCGUCACGCAGCGCGUGCCGGGGCCGCCGGAGCGCGUGGUGCGCUUCGGCUCGUUCGACGCGGCGGGCGGCUACCCGCAGCACUACGCCUACAGCGCCCAGCGGGCCCCGGCCCCGCCUCCGGCCGCGCUGCAGCGGGUGGCUCCGCCUUCGCCGCCGAAGGCGAGCUCGUGGGACUUCCUCAACGUGUUCGAGAACUACGACUCGUACGAAUACGACAGCUACUACUACGACUCCACCACGGCAGCUACUGCGGCCGCGGCGCCGUACACGCCGAGCCGGAGCUCGCGCGAGGUGCGCGAGGAGGAGGGCAUCCCGGACCUGGAGGACGACGACGAGGAAGACGGCAUGGUCGUGAAAGAGGUGGCCGGGCAGUACUCAGCGCCUGGGAGUGGCGGUGCCCGCAGCCGGCGCAGCUCGCUCGGCGGUGCCAGUAGCAUCACCGAGCUCGACCAGCCGGAGAAUGUUGUCGCCCAUAAGGACGUCAUCGGCGAGUUACGGCGAAGGCAAACAACAGCACAUGGUAAUGUGUCGGUGCACGCUCCACCACCUCCCGCGCGGAGGGUCGUCGACAAUGCGAAUGUAGCUGGCGAAAUCAAGGCACAGCUUGUCCGCACGGCCGAGGCGGCUAGGCAGCUCGCGCCGAUGCUCGAAGUUGGGAGGCCAAGCUACCAAGGCCGCAGCUCAGUCUACCAAUCUUCCUCAAAGAUGAUGUCUGCUAUCUCCGUGGCUCAUUUGGGGUGCAAAGACAUGGACGUGUUGGACGUCGGAGUGGUAGGGAAGAUGGUGGACACGCGGAGCCUAUCCUCGGCACUUGAGAAGCUCUAUUUCUGGGAGAGGAAGCUGUAUGGUGAGGUCAAGGCUGAGGAGAAAAUGCGCUUACUUAUUGUGAAGAACUCCAAGCGACUGAAAUUAUUAGAUCAAAAGGGUGCAGAGCCUCAAAAGAUUGAUGCAACUCGAAAUUUGCUGAGGAAGCUUUCAACAAAGAUAAGAAUAGCUGUGCGCGUUAUAGCCAAGAUCUCAAGAAAAAUAAACAAAUUAAGGGAUGAGGAAUUGUGGCCGCAAGUUAACACUUUGAUCCAAGGGUUUGUAUUAAUGUGGCAAGAUAAAUUGGACUGUUACCAUAGUCAGUGUCAAGUGAUAUCAGAAGCCAAAAACUUUACUUCAGUUUUGUCAGGUGGAAAUGGCCAGGAUUUGGCGUUGGAGCUUGAGGUAGAGCUGAUUAAAUGGAUCAUCAGUUUUUCCUCUUGGGUGAAUUCACAAAGAAACUUUGUAAAGGCACUGAAUGGAUGGCUAGCACUCUGUCUUAACUACGAGCCUGAGGAUAACACUACUGGAGUUUCAUCUUAUUCACCAGGAAGCAUAGGUGCUCCAUUGGUUUUUGUUACCUGCAACAAAUGGUCUCAAGCCAUGGAUCGGAUUUCUGAGAAGGACGUGGUUAAUGCCAUGCAAGCUCUUGUGUCUAGCGUGCGGCACCUGUGGGAGCAGCAGCAUCUUGAGCAAAGUGAACAAAUAAUCUUGAUUCGAGAAAGGGAAAAAUGGAUCAAGAUUUUGGAGAGGAAGACCCAGGAGAUUAAUAAGGAGGCAGAUGAACUAAACAGGAAGCUGGCGUUAAUACCAAGCCGGCAGAGACUGCAUGUGCCUCGGACCGUACAAUUGUACGAGGCGCAUUGUGUUGAGGCAAGUAACUUGCACAUAAAUCUGAGGCUGGUUCUUGAAGCUUUAGAGAACUUUGCUGCCAAUUCACUGCAAGCUUUCCAGGAUGUGUCAAAAAGUGCUGAAGAGACAAGGCUGCCAAGAGAUAAUAUGAAUCUUGGAUGGGUCUUGUGGUACAGACAAAACAACUGGAAUGGGGGUUUUGAGCCGUUGAAAAUCUGA